AUGAAUCAGCCUAUUCAAGCUAGCCUCGAGGCUCAGCGAGCCGAAGACGCUGAUUGCAAAAUCCCACCACUCGAUCCGGAACUUCUGAAGCGGGUAGAAGAGGAAGAAAGAGAAAACGUGCGAAUAGGUGCCAUCAUCCAGGAAUCUAACAGAGUCGCGCUCGAGCAGUUGGCGAGGGAGGCGAAAGCGGCAGAAGAGCCAUCUACUGAGACUUGCACCGGCAUUCUCGACGACUACAUUGAGCAAGACUUCGAAUCUCAGUACGCGGAAGGUCAUCGUCUCCUCCUUACCACUCAUUUGCCACUUGGUCCUUAUGGCACUGCUCUUUACGACUUUCUCAUCGAUCUCGACCCCGCCAAAAUGACUUACGAGGAUGACGACGACGACCGUUCGCGAACAGAAGUGGUCUUUGAUUACGUCCCGACUGCUUACAUUCCCAACAAGCAGAGCGUCAAAGAAAACAACUACGAACUCAAUAUUGAGAAGCUCCUCGCCGGUAGCUCGGACGGCGGCCCUGUGAUACUCUUGUGUCAAACCAAGAAGAAUGACAGGCUACCUGAACGUGUGGUCAUGAAAGUUUUCGACCCGAUGUUCUACCCUUGGGAGUAUUCUUUAGGCGAAGGUCCCUGGAGGGAAACUGCAAGAGCCGACAUGGAGCUCUGUUGUGAAGCAGCAGCGUACGAAACGCUUCACGUGGGGAAUUGCGAUGGCUAUCCACAUCUUGCGCCGAAGUACUACGGUGCUUUUACCAUCAAGCUGCACACCUUCAAUCCCGACCUAAAGGACAAGUCCAGAGUCGUCGGCGCAAUUCUCAUGGAAUACAUCGACGGAAAGACUAUGGGAUCGCAAUGCGAGAUGGACGAGGACGGCAUUUUGAUGCCCAGGACUUUCAUGCCUAUUUUCAAGAGCGACAAGCCGGGCAACUGGACACGCAUGGAAAGGAACGACCGAUUGAAAAUCCUUGCACAGCUCCUCGACGGCAUUGUCAGUCAGAUGAAGGCAGGUGUUGAACCACGAUUCCUGAACCCAGAGCACGUACUGCUCUCCGAGUACCGACAUCCUGCACGACCCCGCGAACGAGGACAAAUUCGAGUCACUCUCAUUGACUACCGCAAGGCUGUCGUUGAUUCCAAACGCAAGAAUCCGGUUAACUUCUAUGAGAAGUUCUCAAAGCCACCUCACCCUUACACCCGGUUCAGCGUCAAGAAGCUUCAAGGGUUUGCUGGUUGGUUCCCUGAGGAAUGGAUGGAUGAUGCACCAAGAAUGAAGCGGUGGCUCGCAGACAGUUUUGGGGAGGUGAACGGCAGCAACUCCAGGUAUAGUGUUAGGCCUGACCUUGACAAGCCUAUAGAGCAACUGGAAGCUGCGAAAUUUAUUUAA